AUGGCUACGCAGCAGGAUGGUGACGAGGUUGUUCGGCUAUCAACGCGUUGGGCGGACAUGGUCUUAGAAGAUGAGGCGGUCGAGUUUGAGCCAGUGGGCGAGACGGUCGGCGAAGUCUCGGAGGGUGCAAACUGGGUCGUGGUAGGCCGUUUUCUAACAUCCAAGUUGGUGAAGGUUGAGUUCAUGCGUCAGGUUAUGGCAUCUGUCUGGCAACCGGUUAAGGGUGUACAGAUUUCACAGGUCCAGCCUAAUUUGUUCAUGUUCAUGUUUUUUCACGAGUCCGAUAUGCAGUACGUUCUCGAAGAGGGGCCAUGGGCGUUUGAUAAUCACACCCUUGUUUGCAGGCAGGUGUGCGAUGGCAUGCUUCCGGCUAAGGUGCCUCUUACUACGGUAGAUAUGUGGGUGCAGGUCCACGAUUUACCAGUAGGAUACACGUCGGAUGUUGUUUUGGAACAGGUGGGGAAUUUUCUGGGUUCUUUCCUUCGUUGUGAUGAUAGGUUCGUGGGGGCACCAUUGCUUACUUUCUAUAGGAUCCGGGUUGCCAUUCCGGUAGACCGCCCUAUCAAACGCCGCAUGAAGAUGAUCAAAAGAGAUAAAACCAGUUGCUGGGUGACGUUCAAGUACGAAAGGCUCCACACAUACUGCUUUUUUUGUGGAAACCUAGGGCAUUCUUACAGAUUCUGCUUGGGAGCAAGGGAAUCGGUGUUGACGGUGGAUCAGUGA